AUGAUUUUUCGAAUUUGGCUGAUUUUUGCGCUCAUUUUGGCCACUUGCCAAGCCGGAUUUUUCGAUUCGCUGGUUUCGAAAAUUACUGGAAAAGGUGGGGAUUUUUGGCGCCAAAUUCAAAUUUUUCUCGACAAAAAUCAUGAUUUUUGCAUGAUUUUGAGCUGAAAACCCCAAAAAAUUGUUGUUCAAAAGGUCGGGGGAUCGAUUCCCGGUGCCUGCGGAGGUUUUUUGUUUUUUCACAAAAACUUUCGCAGGCACCGGGGAUUGAUCCCCUGACCUUCUGAGCAGUAAUUUUUCAUCAAAAUUGAUGAUUUUGGCUCAAAUUUUCCAAAAAAAAUUCUGCAGGCACCGGGGAUCGAUCCCCUGACCUUUUGAGUGAUAAAUUUUCAUCAAAAUUUAUGGGUUUUUGGUCAAAUUUUCAACAAAAAGUUUCGCAGGCACCGGGGAUCGAUCCCCUGACCUUCUGAACCAUAAUUUUUGGUGAAUUUUAGCUCAAAAUCAUCCAAAAAUGCUGUUUUUUCAAAGAAAAAAUUUUCGCAGGCACCCGGGAUCGAUCCCCUGACCUUUUGAGCGAUAAAUUUCAUCAGAAAAUGAUGAUUUCCAGCUCAAAUUUUCAACAAAAAGUUCCGCAGGCACCGGGGAUCGAUCCCCCGACCUUUUGAGCAGUAAUUUUUCAUCAAAAUUUAUGGAUUUUGGGUCAAAAUCAUCCAAAAAUCACGAUUUUUGGCUCAAAAAUCCCCGAUUUUUUACAGGAUCAUCAAAUCCGAGCUCUCAAGUGCACAAUUCUCGCUCGCCGCCUCCUGUCUCAGAUGACAAGGCCAGAAAAUACCUCCAGGACUUUGGCUAUGUUCCCCCCUCAAAUUCUCUUCAAUCUUCAAGAAAUGGAAUGUCGGCUGAUUUGAUGGAUGCUGGAUCGAUUUUCAGAUCGGCGAUUGCGAAGUUUCAGGUGGGAAAUUUGAAUUUUGGGAGUUUCGCGGGGAAAAAUACAGUAAUCUGGAUGAUUUCUGCGCGCGAAAAUUCAAAAAUUCAAAUUUUUGAUUUCGAAAAAAAUUCACUGUUUCAAAAUUUUUAGAAAUUCGAAAAUUUCUUUCUCGAUUUAGUUAUAUAAAUUUGUUUUAGUCAAACCAAUGGAUUACUGUAGAUUUUGGCGCCAAAAAAUACAGUAAUCUGGAUGAAUUUCUGGCGCUAAAUUCUUGUCAGGAUUACUGUAGAUUUUUGAGGCCAAAAUUCAAAAAUUCAAAUAUUUUUUGGUUUCGAAAAAAUUCACUGUUUCAAAAUUUUUUUUUCAAAAUUAAUUAACUUUUCAGUGAUUACUGUAGAUUUUUGGCUUCAAAAACUACAGUAAUCUAGAUGAUUUUGCGCGCGAAAAUUCAAAAAUUCAAAAAAAAAAUUCACUGUUUCAAAAUUUUUUGAAAUUUCGAAAAUUAUUUUUGAAAAUUAAUGGUUUUUCAAUCAAAUCGAUAAAAAUACAUAGAUUACUGUAGAAAAAUACUACAGUAAUAUUUUUCUAUAGUAAUCUGGAAUUUUUUCGGCGCGAAAAUUCAAAAAUUCAAAUUUUUAUCAAAACUUUGCUUAUUGGAUAUCAAAAAACUCCAAAUCUUCUGAAAAAUUCAAAUUUUCUUCUUUUGGCGCCAAAAACUACAGUAAUCAAGCUGUUUUUAGCGCGAAAAUUUGAAAAUUCAAAUUUUUAUCAAAAAUAUACUUGUUGGGUGUCAAAAACUCCAAAUCUUGUGAAAAAUUCAAAUUUCAUCGUUUCCCGCCAAAAACUACAGUAAUCUUGGAGAUUUUGCGCGCGAAAAUUCUAAAAUUCAAAUAUUUUUUGAAUUUCGAAAAAAAAUUCACUGUUUCAAAAUUUUUAGAAAUUUCGAAAAUUAUUUUUCAAAAUUAAUGGUUUUUCAAUCAAAUUGAUAAAAUUACAUGGAUUACUGUAGAAAAAAACUACAGUAAUAUUUUUCUACAGUAAUCUGGAUGAUUUUUGCGCGCGAAAAUUCUAAUUUUCAAAUUUUUAUCGAAACUAUGCUUAUUGGGUAUCAAAAAUCGCCAAAUCUUGUGAAAAUUCAAAUUUUCCCCGUUUCCCGCCAAAAACUACAGUAAUCUGGAUGAUUUUUGCGCGCGAAAAUUCAAAAAUUCAAAUAUUUUUUGAAUUUCGAAAAAAAUUCACUGUUUCAAAAUUUUUAGAAAAAUUUGAAAAUUAAUUUUUUUUGAUUAUUCAAUGAAGUUUUGAUCAAAUAGUUCAUUCAGAAAAAUUACCUGGAUUACUGUAGAAAAAUACUACUGUACUACAGUAAUAUUUUUCUACAGUAAUCUGGGAGAUUUUUGCCCGCGAAAAUUCAAAAAUUCAAAAUUACUUUCAAAAUUAAUGUUAUUUUGAUGAUAAAAAAAGUUUAAUUAGAAAAAUUCAUGGAUUACUGUAGAAAAAUACUACAGUAGUAUUUUUCUACAGUAAUCUCGGAGAUUUCGCGCGCGAAAAUUCAAAAAUUCAAAUUUUUUGGUUUCGAAAAAAUUCACUGUUUCAAAAUUUUUAGAAAAUUUGAAAAAUUUUUUUUUGAAUCAUAAUGGCCUAUCGUCCAAAUAAAAACCAAAUGAUUACUGUAGAUUUUGGCGCCAAAAACUACAGUAAUCUGGAUGAUUUUCUGGCGCUAAAUUCUUGUCAGGAUUACUGUAGAUUUUUGAGGCCAAAAUUCAAAAAUUCAAAUAUUUUUUGAAUUUCGAAAAAAAUUCACUUUUUCAAAAUUUUUAGAAAUUUUGAAAAAAUUUUUUCAAAAUUAAUAAACUUUUCAGUGAUUACUGUAGAUUUUGCCACCGAAAACUACAGUAAUCCGGAUAAAUUUCGGGCGCGAAAAUUCAAAAAAUUCAAAUAUUUUCGAAUUUCGAAAAAAAAUUCACUGUUUCAAAAUUUUUAGAAAUUUUGAAAAAAAAAUUUUUUUUUGAUUAUUCAAUGAAGUUUUGAUUAAAUAGUUCAUUCAGAAAAAUUACAUGGAUUACUGUAGAAAAAACUACAGUAGUAUUUUUUUUUUCUACAGUAAUCUGGUUGAAUUUUUGCCCGCGAAAAUUUAAAAAUUCAAAAUUUUAUCAAAACUAUGCAUAUUGGGUAUCAAAAAACUCCAAAUCUUGUUGAAAAUUCAAAUUUUCCCCGUUUCCCGCCAAAAACUACAGUAAUCCGGAUAAAUUUCGGGCGCGAAAAUUCAAAAAAUUCAAAAUUUUAUCAAAACUAUGCUUAUUGGGUAUCAAAAAUCGCCAAAUUUUCGCGCGAAUCAAAAAAAAUUCAAAUUUUCUCCCAGGAAUUCGCUGGUCUCGCCAAAACCGGUGUUCUCGACGUGGCGACCAAAGCCAAAAUGGCCCUCUCAAGAUGCGGUGUGACAGAUACACCUUUGGCCCUAACUUCAGGCUCGUCCAGUCAAUUCAAGUGGCCCAAAAACAGGCUGAAAUACUCGAUUGAGAAUUUUUCGUCGGAUUUACCCAAAGAUGACGUCAGAAAAGCGAUCGCUGAAGCUUAUAGCCUUUGGAGUAAAGUUACGCCGCUGGAAUUUGAAGAAGUGCCGGCUGGAUCGACUUCCGAUAUUAAAGUUCGAUUUGGAGUUAGUAAUCAUAAUGAUCCGUGGCCUUUUGAUGGACAAGGUGAGCUUUUUGGAGCAUUUUGAGCCAAAAUUUGUGAAAUUUGGAGCAUUUUGAGCUAAAAUUUGAGAAAUUUGGAGCAUUUUGAGGUGGAAAUUCAUGAUUUUUGGGUAUUUUUAACAUGAGCAAUGCCUCAAAAUUUAAAAAAUGAGCAUUUUGAGCCCAAAAUUGUGAAAUUUCGAUUAUUUUCAGCCUAACAUGAGCAAUGCUCUGAAAAUCACAUUUUUCUGAAUUUUUGGGGCUAAAAAUCAAAAUUUUCCGAUAAUUUUCACCUGAAAAUUAGCGUUCAGAAGGUCAGGGGAUCGAUUCCUGGUGCCUGCGGAAUUUUUUUUUUUCGAAUUUUUGAUCGAAUAAAAGCUGAAAAUUUCUGAAAAUUCUGAAUUUUCAGAGAUUUUCAGCCUAAAAAUUUGAAUUUUCAAAAAAAAAAAUAUUAGGAAAAAAUUCACUGUUUCAAAAUUUUUAUGAAAAAAAAUUUGAAUUUUUGAAAAUUGUUCUCUAAAUGAAAAAAUUUCGAAAAAAAAGCUGAAAAUUUCAGAAAAUUUUGAAUUUUCAGAUAUUUUAAGCCUAAAAAAUCUAAAAUUUCAGAAAAAAAAAUUAGGAAAAAAUUCACUGUUUCAAAAUUUUCUUGAAAAUAAAUUUUGAAUUUUUGAAAUCUGAUUUUUUUGGCAAUUUUCGAAAUGAAUCUAAAAAUAUCGAAAAAAAAGCUGAAAAUUUCAGAAAAUUUUGAAUUUUCAGAUAUUUUCAGCCUGAAAAAUGUGAAUUUUCAAAAAAAAUAUUGAGAAAAUUUCACUGUUUCAAAAUUUUUAUGAAAAUAAAUUUUGAAUUUUUGAAAAUUGAUAGAUUUUUCAAAUGAUUUUUGAAUCUGAAAAUAUUGAUUUUUCACCUGAAAUUUUUCGAGAAAAGCUGAAAAUUUCAAAAAAAUUUGAAUUUUCAGAUAUUUUCAGCCUGAAAAAUCUGAAUCACUGUUUCAAAAUUUUCUGAAAAAAAAUUUUUCAAAUUUUUUUUGCAGGCGGUGUUUUGGCUCACGCAACAAUGCCCGAAUCCGGUCUUUUCCAUUUUGAUGACGACGAAAAUUGGACCUAUAAAGAUGCCCGAAAAAUUGCCAGCAAUGAUUAUACGGACCUUUUGGCUGUUGCGAUUCAUGAAGGGGGACAUACGCUGGGUAAUUUUUGAAUUUUGAGCAAAAAUUCGAAAAAUUUGGAGCAUUUUGAGCCGAAAAUCAUGAAAUUUGGAGCAUUUUGAGCUAAAAAACAGGAUUUUUGGAGCAUUUUGAGCCAAAAUUCACUAUUUUCUCCAUUUUUAACAUGAGCAAUGCCCAAAAAAUGCAUUUUUCCAGGCCUCGAACAUUCAAGAGACGAAAAAGCCAUUAUGGCACCAUUCUAUCAAAAAACCACCGAUUCAAAUGGAAAUUAUGUGUAUCCGAACUUGAAAUCUGAUGAUAUUUCAGCAAUUCAGGCGAUUUAUGGUAAGUUGUGAUUUUUGGCGGGAAAAUUGGGGAAAAAUGCGAUUUUUUGGUGCAAAAUUUGGGAAAUUUUGAGCCAGGGAGCUUGAAAAUUGAAAAAAAUCCCAUUUUUUUUAAUUAAAAAAAUUCACUGUUUCAAAAUUUUUAUAAAUUUUUGAAUAGUUCUGGAAAUUUUGAUCGACAUCUGAUUAUAAAUCAAAAAAAAAUUUAAAAUUGUGAAUUUUUGGGUAAAAUUUUAGCUUCUAAACUGAAACUUUUAAUUUUCAUUCUGAAAAAUUCGGAAAAUUUGAGGAAUUUUGAGCCAGGGAGCUUUGAAAAAUUAUAAAAAUUCAGAUUUUUCAAAAAUAAAAAAUUCACUGUUUCAAACUUUUUAGUCUAAAUUUAACAAAGAAAAAUUGAACAAUUCGCAGAGAAAUUCAUUUUUCAUAAUUUUUUGAAACGUAUAAAAAUUUGGUAAAUUUUUUUAUGAUGAAAAAUCUGAAUUUCGGAAAAAUUCAAGUUUUUUUUUGAGAUAAAAAUUCACUGUUUCAAGAUUUCUAUGAGUUUUGAAGCUAUUUUUGAAAUAUGAUGAUCUUGCUUUUACGCGAUCUUGCUGAUAUUGAAAAAAGAACUCUAAUUUUCAGCCAAAAAAUCAGAAAAUUUGAUGAAUUUUGAGCCAGGGAGGUUGAAAAAUAAAAAAAUCCCAUUUUUUUAAAGUUAUUUUUUUUCACUGUUUAAAAAUUCGGAAAUUUCGAUGAAUUUUGAGCCAGGAAGCCUGGAAAAAUGAUAUAAUCCAAAUUUUUUACAUUAAAAAAUUCACUGUUUCAAAAUUUUCAUAUAAUUUUUUACUGUUUUUUGAAUUUUGAUGGGCGGCGUUGUUGUUGUUGUUUAACCCGGAAAUAAAAUUGAAAAUUGAAAGUUUUAGGACAGAAUUUCAGCUUUUAAACUGAAACUUUCAAGUUUUAUUCUGAAAAAUUCGGAAAAAUCGAUGAAUUUUGAGCCAGGGAAUCUGGAAACCUUGUUAAAAGACCAGAUUUUUUAAAAAAUAAAAAAUUUCACUGUUUCAAAAUUUUCAUAUAAUUUUUUUUAGUGUUUUUUGAAUUUUGAUUAACAAAGUCAGAACAAGACAUUAAAAAUUGAGAAUUUUUAAGAUAAAAUUUUGAGCUUCUAAACUGAAACUUUUAAUUUUUAUUCUGAAAAAUUCGGAAAAUUUGAGGAAUUUUGAGCCAGGGAGCCUUGAAAAAUGAUAAAAAUCCAUAUCCCAUAUUUUUUUCCAUAUUUUUCAAAAAUGAAAAAUUCGCUGUUUCAAAAUUUCUAUGAGUUUUUGAAGCGUUUUUUGAAAUAUGAUUAUCUUGCUUUUACGCGAUCUUGCCAAUAUUGAAAAGACUUUAAUUUUCAGCAAAAAAAAACGGAAAAUUAAUGAAUUUUGAGCCUUGAAAAUUGAUAAAAAUCCAUAGUUUUUGAGAUAAAAAAUUCACUGUUUCAAAAUUUUCAUAUAAUUUUUCGAACAGUUUUGUAAGUUUAAUUCAGUUGAGUUUGUUAGCCGGAAAAUUUACUGUUUCAAAAUUUCAUUUAAAUCUGGAUUGUUGAACUGAAAUUAAUAAAAAUGCCAAAAAAUUGGAAAUUUUGAUGAAUUUCAAGCCAGGAGCCUUUAAAAAUGUAGAAGUUCCAAAUGUUUCAAAAAAAAAAAAAAAAUCACUGUUUCAAAAUUUUCAUAUAAUUUUUUUUAGUGUUUUUAAAUUUUGAUUGGAAAUAAUAGGAAAACAAAUUAAAAAUUAAGAAUUUUAAGACAAAAUUUUAGCUUCUAAACAGAAACUUUUAAUUUUUAUUCUGAAAAAUUCGGAAAUGAAUUUUGAGCCGGGGAGCUUGAAAAUUGAAAAAAUCUCAUUUUUUGAGUUAAAAAAUUUCACUGUUUCAAAAUUUUUAUGAAAAUGAACAAUUUUUAGUUGAAAAAUUGUGAAUCUGGUUUUUAAUUUAAAAUUUAAAAAAAAGUGAGAUUAUCAUUGGAAAAUUUGCAAAAAAAUCAAUUUUUCAUAAUUUUUUUGAAACGUAUAAAAAUUUGGUAAACUUUCUGGUGAAACAUCUGAAUUUCAAGGCUCUGAAAAUUCUGAAAAUCCUGGGAAAUCUGAAAGUCUAUUUUUUGAUUAAAAUAACAUUUCACUGUUUCAAAAAUUGUAUAUAUUUUUGAAAUUUUUGAAAAUUUCCAAUAUCACCUUUUUACUAAAGUUUUACACUUACAGAAAAUUUUUUUGCGAAUUUUUUAAUGAAAUUUGUGAUUAUAUCAAUUUUUCAAUAUUUCUAGGUUAAAAUUCAUAUUUUUGAGUUAAAAAAUUCACUGUUUCAAGAUUUCUAUGAGUUUUGAAGCUAUUUUUGAAAUAUGAUUAUCGUGAUCCGACAAUAUUGAAAAAGACUUCAAUUUUCAGCCAAAAAAUCGGAAAAAAUGAUGAAUUUUGAGCCAUGGAGCUUUAAAAAUGAAAAAAAUUCGAAUUUAAAAAAAAUAAAAAAAUUCACUGUUUCAAGAUUUCUAUGAGUUUUGAACGAAAUAUGAAAUAUGAUUCUUUCACUAUGUUUUUGAGCCAAAAAAUCGGAAAAUUUCAUGAAUUUUGAGCCAGAGAGCCUUCAAAAAUGAUUAAAAUCUAAAUUUUUGAAUUAAAAAAAAUUUCACUGUUUCAAAAUUUUUAUAUAAUUUUGAACAUGAACAAUUUUUUAAUUGAAGAAUUAUGAACAUGAAUUUUUUAAAAUCUAAAAUUAAUAAAAAUUUCAAUAUUUUUUCACAUCUUGAAAAACAGAAAACCAUUGGAAAAUUCGCACAAAAAUCCAUUUUUCAUAAUUUUUUAAAACGUAUAAAAAUUUGGUAAAUUUAUUGGUGAAAAAUCUGAAUUUCGGAAAAAUUCAAGGUUCCUAGGUUAAAAUUCAUGUUUUUUUGAGUUAAAAAUUCACUGUUUCAAGAUUUCUAUGAGUUUUGAAGCUAUUAUUGAAAUAUGAUAAAUUAGGCCCGACAAUAUUGAGAAAGACUUUAAUUUUCAGCCAAAAAAUUGGAAAAUUUGAUGAAUUUUGAGCCAUGGAGCUUGAAAAAUUGAUGAAAUCCCAUUUUUUUGAAUUAAAAAAAUUCAUUGUUUCAAAAUUUUUAUGAAAAUGAACAAUUUUUAGUUGAAAAAUUGUGAAUCUGGUUUUUAAUUUAAAAUUUUAAAAAAAGUGAGAUUAGCAUUGGAAAAUUUGCAAAAAAAUCAAUUUUUCAUAAUUUUUUGAAACGUAUAAAAAUUUGGGAAAUUUUGUUAUGGAUCAAUUCAUCUGAAGAAAACAUGAAUUUCGCGACAUUUUUUGUCGCGAAAUUGCAAUUCGCGAAACGACACGAAAUAAACACAAAAAUAAAGGAGAAAUAUUAAAGGGACACGUAAUCGCUGCGAGACCCAACACACGAAAAAAGAAUUUCCUCUUUUAUUUUAUUAAUUUCGUGUCGUUUCGCGAAUUGCAAUUUCGCGACAAAAAAUGUCGCGAAAUUCAUUUUUUCUUCAGAUGAAUUGAUCCAUUAAUGAUGAAAAAUCUGAAUUUCAGAGCUCUAGAGUUUUCAGGUAAGAUUUGAGCUUUUGAGCUGAAAACUUUGAUUUUUAUUCUGAAAAAUUCGGAAAAUUUGAUGAAUUCUAAGCUAGAAACCUUGAAAAUUGAUAAAAUCCAAUUUUUUGAAUUUAAAAAUUCACUGUUUCAAAAUUUUCAUAUAAUUUUUUACUUUUUUUUGAAUUUUGAUUGGCAUCGGAUUACGAAUCCACAAAAAUUGAAAAGUUUAAGAUAAAAUUUUGAGCUUCUAAACUGAAACUUUUUUUCUAAAAUUAAUAAAAAUUUCUACAUUUUUGCACUUCUUGAAAAAUUUCGAAAAUAUCAUUGAAAAAUUCGCAGAAAAAUCAAUUUUUUAUCAUUUUUGAAACGUAUAAAAAUGUGAUAAAAAAAAUUUUUAUACAUGUUUUGAAACAGUGAAUUUUUGUUGCUUUUCAAAAAUAUGGACUUUCAGAUUUUCCAGGAUUUUCAGAGAUUCUGAAAUCGGAAAUUUCUAGAGCUAAAAUUCAGAUUUUUCACCAGAAAAUUUACCACAUUUUUAUACUUUAAAAAAAUUAUAAAUAAUUGAUUUUUCUGCAACAUUUUUUUAAAAUUUUAGUUCAACAAUCCAAGUUCUUAAUUUUUCAACUAAAAAUUGUUCAUGUUCAUGAAAAUUUUGCAACUGCCCAACAAAAUUAAAAAAAAACAGAAAAGCUUUUAUGAAUAUUUUGAAACAGUGAAUUUUUUUAUUUCAAAAAAAAGUGAAAAAAUUCACUGUUUCAAAAUUUUCAUAUAAUUUUUGAAAAUUUUUUGUGAUUUGUUGCUGCCACAAAAAGUCUAAAUUUUGAACUGAAAUUCGAAUUUUUUUAAAAAUUUUCAUACAAAAUUUUUUUCACUGUUUCAAAAUUAAUAUUAAUUUUUGAGAUUUUUGAAAAUUUUGUUAGUUUGCAGAGUGAUUGUUUCAAAUACUUUUCGAACAGAACAGUAAUCCUGGGAUUACUGUAGCUAGACUACAGUACUCUACAGUAUUCCUAACAUGAGCAAUUAGAGUAUAAAUCAUUAUUUUUUGAAAUACAAAAAUCCCAUUUUUUUCAAAUUUUAAUUCUUAAAAUUUUUCACUGUUUCAAAAUUUUUUAUAAUUUUUUGAAUAGUUUUGGAAAUUUUGCUGGGCAGUUAUGAUUUCAAUUCCAAAUUUACUACAUUUUGUUGUGAAAAAUGAAAAAUUCAGUUUUUUACUCAUUAAAAUCCCACUGUUUCGAAAAAAUACAUAAUUUUUGAAAUAAAAAUUCACUGUUUCAAGAUUUCUAUGAGUUUUGAACGAAAUAUGAAAUAUGAUUCUUCUACUAUGUUUUUGAGCUAAAAAAUCGGAAAAUUUGAUGAAUUUUGAGCCAGGGAGCCUUGAAAAUUGAUAAAAAUCCCAUUUUUUUUUGAAACAAAAAAAUUCACUGUUUCAAAAUUUUCAUUUUUUUUUUGAGAUUUUUGAAAAUUUUCGAUUCUAUGUCUAAUUUUAACAAAGAACCAUUGAAAAAUUCGCAGAAAAAUCAAUUUUUCAUAAUUUUUUGAAACGUAUAAAAAUGUGGUAAAUUUUCUGGUGAAAAAUCUGAAUUUCACAUCAGAGCUCUAGAAUUUUCAGAAUCUCUGAAAAUCCUACCUCUUUUUAUACGUUUCAAAAAAUGACCUUCAGAAAUUUUUUUUCAAAUUUUCAUUCAAAAAUUUUUCACUGUUUCAAAAUUUUUAUCAAUUUUUUGAAUAGUUUUGGAUAUUUAGUAUGCAAGUUUAUUAGUUGAGAGAAAAAUUCACUGUUUCAAAAUUUCUAUGAGUUUUGAAGCUAUUUUUGAAAUAUGAUUAUCGUGCUCCGACAAUAUUGAAAAACACUUUAAUUUUCAGCAAAAAAUUGGAAAAUUUGAUGAAUUUUGAGCGAGGGAGCCUUGAAAAAUGAUAAAAAUUCAAAUUUUUAUAAUUUUUUUUUGAGAUUUUUGAAAAUUUUGUUAGUUUGCAAAUUUUAUUGAUACUUUUCGAACAGAACCUCACCUACAGUAAUCCCAGGAUUACUGUAGCUAGACUACAGUACUCUACAGUAUUCCUAACAUGACAAAUUAGAGUAUAAAUCAUUAUUUUUCGAAAUGCAAAAAUUCUUUUUUUUUUCAAAUUUUCAUUCUUAAAAUUUUUCACUGUUUCAAAAUUUUCAUAUAAUUUUAUUAGUGUUUUUUGAAUUUUGAUGGGUCAAGUCAGAUCAAAAAAUAAAAAAUUGAGAAGUUUUGGGUAUAAUUUUAGCUUCUAAACUGAAACUUUUAAUUUUUAUUCCGAAAAAAUCGGAAAAUUUGAUGAAUUUUGAGCCAGGGAGCCUGAAAAAAUGAUAAAAUCCAAAUUUUUUGAAUUAAAAAAUUCACUGUUUCAAAAUGUUCAUAUAAUUUUUUCACUGUUUUUUGAAUUUUGAUUGACGUGUUGUUGUUUUUGUUCAACCCGAAAAAAAUCGAGAACUUUUGGGUAAAAUUUGAGCUUUUAAACUGAAACCUUUGAUUUUUAUUCUGAAAAAUUCGGAAAAUUUGAUGAAUUCUAACUUUGGAACCUCGAAAACUGUAGAAAAUCCAUAUUUUUCAAAAAUAAAAAAACUCACUGUUUCAAAAUUUCUAUAAAAUUUCGAACAUUAACAAUUUUUUGUUGAAAACUGGUUUAUCAAUUCCCACUUUGAUUCAAAAUUUUUGAACUAAAAUUAAUAAAAAUUUCUACAUUUUUUCGCUUCUUGAAAAAUUAUGAGAUUAUCAUUGGAAAAUUCGCAGAAAAAUCCAUUUUUCAUAAUUUUUUGAAACGUAUAAAAAUGUGGUAAAUUUUGUUUAUGAUGAAAAAUCAGAAUUUCAGAGCUCUAGAAUUUUCAGAAUCUCUGAAAAUCCUACCCUCUUUUAUACGUUUCAAAAAAUUAUCUUCAGAAAUUUUUUUUCAAAUUUUCAUUCAAAAAUUUCUCACUGUUUCAAAAUUUUUAUAAUUAUUUUGAAAAAAAAAAUCCUUGCAGGUCCUCGAACCGGCGGCUCAUCUUCCUCCUGGGGUGGCUCCAGCUCUGGCUCAGAUUUCACGACCCCUCGAACAGCCACAACUACAACUCGAAGUUGGUUUGGAAGAUUUUUCGGAAAUGACAAUGAUGAUACUACGAGAGCCACUCAAAGAUAUACAACAACUACACAAAGAGCAACUACAAGAUGGCCAGUUACGGAAAGUCCGAAUAGUGGAAGUUGGGGAAGUGGAAGUGGUUCGGGAUCGGGAGGUGAGCCGGAAUUACUUAAAAUGAGCAAUUCCAGCGUUUUCAGCGUGAAAAAUUGAUCUAGAAAAGUUUUUAGUCAGAAAAAAUGACCCCCCCCCCCCUUUUUUUUAUCCAUUAAAUUAGGUGGGGGGGGGGUUACCUAAUUUUUUCUAGAUCAAUUUUUCACGCUGAAAAUGCGUUUUCAGCAUGAAAAAUUGAUGUUCCCGGUGUUUUCAGCGUGAAAAUUUGAUCUAGAACAAAAUAGGUGACCCCCCCCCCAUAUUUGAUGGAAAAAAGGGGGUGGGGUACCUAUUUUCCUGGACAAAAAUUUCUAGAUCAAUUUUUCACGCUGCAAAUGCUGGAAUUACUUAAAAUGAGCAAUUCCACCGUUCUCAGCGCGAAAAAUUGAUCUGGAAAAGUUUUUAGCAGAAAAUUGGGGACCCUCUAUCAUUCUAAUUGUAAGGGUUCCUCUAUCUCCCUGAGGUACCAAAAUAUCUUCUAGAUCUAUUUUUCACGCUGAAAACGCUGGAAUUGCUCAUUUUAAGCAUUUCCAGCGUUUUCAGCAUGAAAAAUUGAUCUAGAACAAAAUAGGUGACCCCCCCCCCAGAAGAAAAAAAAAGGGGGGCACCUAUUUCUUUCUAGAUCAAUUUUUCACGCUGAAAAUGCUGGAAACAUCUAUUUUUCACGCUGAAAACGCUGGAACCGCUUAAAAUGAGCAAUUCCAGCAUUUCCAGCCACAAAAACCACCCUAAAACCCUAAUUUUCUCUCCAGGUUGCCCAUAUUCAAUCGAUGCUUACACUCCAAGUGAUUCUUUCUCCUAUGCCUUCUCCGGUAGUACGGUAUAUGUGAUAAGUGGCACACGAGUUACCAAAACUCAACCAAUUUCACAACUUUUCCCAAGUGCACCGACUCCUGUUCAAGCGGCGGUUUUUAAUCCGAUUAGUGGAUCGAUGUUGGUGUUUUCGAAUAAUAAGGUGGGGGGUUUUGGAGCAUUUUGAGCUGAAAUUUAAGAAAUUUGGAGCAUUUUGAGCCAGAAAUCAUGAAAUUUGGAGCAUUUUGAACCUAAAUACGAAAUUUUGGGAUUUUUAAAUUUAAAAAAAUUCACUGUUUCAAAAUUUUUAUGAAUUUUCUGAAUUUCUCUAGUUUUUCGAUUUUCCUGGUUUUGUCUGAAAAUAAUUUUUCUGAAAAUUUACAAUUAAUUUUUCAGCGAAUUGUCCUUUUUUUAAAUUUUGAGGCAUUGCUCAUAUUAGAAAUUUCCUGAAAAUCUCGAAUUUUGGAUCAAAAUGCUCAUUUUAAAUCAUUGCUCAUGUUAAAAAAAAUGAUUUUUGACUUCAGAAGCUCAAUUUUAAUUUUCAGAAAAUUUUAUGGAAUUUUUCAACCUGAAAAAUUUUUUUUUGAAUUUUUUCUGCGAAAUUUUGACCUGAAUUUAAAUUUUGAAAAAAUUUCUAAAAUUUUCACUAGAAACAUCAGAAAAUUUCAUUUUUCAUCAAAAAUUCUGAAAUUUUCACUAGAAAUGCUGAAAAUUUCCCCAAAAAAUCCAAUUUUUCCCAAAUUUUUCCCCCCAAAAUUCCCAAAUUCCAGGUCUACAGCUACUAUUAUUCCCGCCUUCAAUCAACCUACAAACUAGAUUCCGGUUUCCCAAAAACCCUGCCUUCAGAUUUAGGAUUCCGAGUUUCUGGAGCACUCCGAUGGAUCAAUGGACAUCAAAUUUUGCUCGGAGCAAGUUUUUUUUGAAAUUUUCUGGAUUUUUGGUGAAAAUUUCAAGUUUUUACAUGAAAAAACGCGAUUUUAAGCCAAAAAUCUGAAAUUUUCAGCCAAAAAUCGAUUUUUUUUGCAGAGCGGCGAUGAAUUUGCAGUCUAUGAUGAGUUUUGGAAUCAAGUGACCCUCAAAAAUCGAAUUUCCUCAUAUUUCCCAAAUUUGCCGAAAGGUGUCAAAGGAUUGGAAUCUCGUGGGUUUUUUCGGGAUUUUCAGCCAUUUUUGACUGAAAAUAUGCUGAAAAUCGGGAUUUUUGAUGAAUUUUGAGCCGGAAAACAUGAUUUUUGAGCAUUUUUUGAGCAUUUUCAGCCAAAAAUCUGAAAUUUUCUUAUGCUCAUUUUGAAGCUUUUGAAAUUUGCUACAAAAUGAGCUCCAACUUGAAUAUAUCUGAAAUUUUGGCUGAAAAUCACAAUUUUAGCUCAAAAUGCAUCAUUUUUCAUGAUUUUCAGCACUAAAUUUCCAGAUUUUCAGCAAAAAAUCUGAAAUUCUUAAAAUUUGCCACAAAAUGAGCCCCAACUUGAAUAUAUCUGAAAUUUUGGCUGAAAAUCACGAAUUUAGCUCAAAAUUCAUCAUUUUUCGCGAUUUUCAGAACUAAAUUUCCAGAUUUUCAGCCAAAAAUCUGAAAUUCUUGAAAUUUGCUACAAAAUGAGCUCCAGCUUAAAUAUAUCUGAAAUUUUGGCUGAAAAUCUGAAAUUUUUGACCAAAAACACGGUGUUUCAGGUCAAAAUUCAUCAUUUUUCAUGAUUUUCAGCACUAAAUUUUCAGAUUUUCAGCCAAAAAUCUGAAAUUCUUGAAAUUUGCCACAAAAUGAGCCCCAGCUUGAAUAUAUCUGAAAUUUUGGCUGAAAAUCUGAAAUUUUGGCUGAAAAUCACGAAUUUAGCUCAAAAUUCAUCAUUUUUCGCGAUUUUCAGAACUAAAUUUCCAGAUUUUCAGCCAAAAAUCUGAAAUUCUUGAAAUUUGCUACAAAAUGAGCUCCAGCUUAAAUAUAUCUGAAAUUUUGGCUGAAAAUCUGAAAUUUUUGACCAAAAAACACGGUGUUUCAGGUCAAAAUUCAUCAUUUUUCAUGAUUUUCAGCACUAAAUUUUCAGAUUUUCAGCCAAAAAUCUGAAAUUCUUGAAAUUUGCCACAAAAUGAGCCCCAGCUUAAAUAUAUCUAAAAUUUUGGCUGAAAAUCCCAAAUUUUUGACCAAAAACACGGUAUUUUAGGUUAAAAUUCAUCAUUUUUCGCGAUUUUCAGCACUAAAUUUUCAGAUUUUCAGCCAAAAAUCUGAAAUUCUUGAAAUUUGCUACAAAAUGAGCUCCAGCUUAAAUAUAUCUGAAAUUUUGGCUGAAAAUCCCAAUUUUUGACCAAAAACACGGUAUUUCAGGUCAAAAUUCAUCAUUUUUCACGAUUUUCAGCACUAAAUUUUCAGAUUUUCAGCCAAAAAUCUAAAAUUCUUGAAAUUUGCCACAAAAUGAGCCCCAACUUGAAUAUAUCUGAAAUUUUGGCUGAAAAUCUGAAAUUUUGAGCUGAAAAUCACUUUUUAGCUCAAAAUUCAUCAUUUUUCACGAUUUUCAGCACUAAAUUUCCAGAUUUUCAGCCAAAAAUCUGAAAUUUUUCAGCUUCCGGAUCUACAGUAACCGCCUUCACUUCCGGCGAUGUUUUCGAAUACAAUUCGCGCACCAAAACAAUUACAAGACAAAAAUCGUUGUCGAGUUUUUUGGCUUGUUAG